AUGACGACUACCGGCGGCGAUGUGACACUCUUCGAGGAGAGCUUCACUAUUACGAAUUUCGACCAGUCCAAGUAUGACCGUGUUGCUCGCAUCUCAGCGACAUCGGCAGACAAUCAGACCGUCAUGACCCUCGAUAUCAACAUUGAGUUGUUCCCCUGUGCGGUGUCUGACAACUUGCACGUCGUACUGGCAACCUCCUUGGCGCACGAUGGAAGCAAGGACGAGGAGAAGGGCUGGCGGGAUGUGGCCAAGGGAUCUGGUGGUGGCGCAGAAGCGACACUGGCGGACAUGUUCGAUUACGUGUGCCAUGGGAAAAUCUACAAGUUUGAAGACGCCGAUGAUGGUCAGAUCAUUAAGGCGUACGUCUCGUUUGGAGGCAUGCUCAUGUCUCUGGAGGGUCCAUACAAGAAGCUUACGCCACUGCGCGUCGACUACACAUAUCUCCUGAUUAAGAAAUAA